AUGCCUUCCCUCGAUGUUAGCGAGCUUAACAUCGUCAUCGCCGUCCUAGGCGCUUUCAUCAUUCUAUACGGCUUCAUCUCAGUCAAGAUCAAGCAAGUGUGGUAUCUUGGUGAAGCUUUGCCUGCCGUUCUUAUCGGUGUUAUCCUAGGACCGAUAGCUGCCAGAUUCCUAGAUGCGGAGAAAUGGGGUUCUGCUGCCCAAGGGCAGCAAGAAGCCAUCACACUGGGUAUGUGCCGAAUCGUCAUCGGUGUGCAGCUGGUCAUCGCUGGAUUCCAACUCCCUGCCAAGUACCAACAAGCCCGGUGGAAGGAGAUGGCGAUCUGCCUUCUCCCUGUGAUGACAAUCAUGUGGAUCUGCACUAGCUUGUGCAUUCUCGUCACAGUUCCCAAGCUUACAUUCUUGGCUGCGCUUGUUAUCGGAUCUUGCGUUACUUGCACUGAUCCUAUCUUGUCGCAAGCAGUAGCCAAGGGUCCCUUUGCUGACAAGUUUGUUCCUCGCGCGCUGCGAGAGAUCAUCUCGUCGGAGGCUGGUGCCAACGAUGGUUUCGGUUUCCCUUUCCUGCUUUUGGCUACAUACCUCAUUCGCCAUGCCGAACUCGAUGGUGUCGAGUUUAAGACCGGCAUAGAAGGUGCCAAGGAAAUCGCUCAUCGGGCAGUCAACAUGCUCUCCAAGCGUAGCGAAGAGGGAGUUGGUCGUCUCGGUGGCGGUGUCCCGAUGGCCAUGGAACAGUGGAUUGUUGAGGGAUGGCUGUACAUCAUCGUCAUGUCCGUUGCAAUCGGUGUCAUCCUCGGCGUCGCCAGUAUGUUUGCCGUCAAGUUCGCCCUGCGCAAGAAGUGGAUCGACUCCGAGAGUCUUCUGCUCUGGCCUAUGGCUCUCGGCUUGUUCACCAUUGGCGUUUGCGGUGCGCUCGGUACGGACGACCUCCUCGCUUGCUUCGUCGCCGGAAACGUCAUGAACUGGAAUGGAGUCUACCUCGAGGAAACCGAGAAGCGUCAUGACGAGGUCAACAGCUGUUUCGAUGUCAUCCUCAACUUCGGUGGUUUCAUGUACAUCGGAACCAUCAUCCCAUGGGCCGAGUUCCAGAUGCCAGAUGUCACCGGUAUCACCAUUGGAAGGCUCAUGAUUCUUGGCUUCCUCAUCCUCGCUUUCCGUCGUAUUCCAGCCAUCUUCCUGAUGUACAAGGUCAUGCCCAACGUCGUCAAGGACUGGAAGGAGGCGCUGUUCAUGGGUUAUUUCGGACCCAUUGGCAUCGGAGCCGUCUUCUACGUCGAGCACACUCGUCACCUUUUCCCCAAGCCAGGCGAGGCUGAGACUGAAGAGGAAGAGAACCUUGUCGCAGCCAUGAUUCCAGUCGUCUACUUCCUCGUCAUCUUCUCCAUCGUCGUUCACGGCCUUUCCAUCCCCGCCCUCGAUGCUUUUUACCGUUACAAGAAGAUCCCAGCGAUCGAAGAGUCUGAGCCCGCGGAGAUUCGCGUACGAUCUAUCCACGAGGCCCUUCCUAAGAACACCAGGAUGGACUCUAAGCGCGGCUCGGUCUACCAGCACAACCGCUUCUCUCGCCCAGUUUCCAUGGGUCCAGGCCCGGAGCUGUACAGGUGGAACAACCAAGUCAGGGAUAGCGAAGCCACGUUCAGGUCAAACUCCCAGGUUCAAGCUGUGGAUUACGCAGAGAAACUGCAAAGUAUCCGGUUCCAGGAAGACUAUGCUCAUGAGAAAGCAAACUUGGGCCGGUAG